AUGGUUUCUAUCAGAACAAAUGACAAAGGAUUGCCCAAGCCUAAGGCUCAUGUUAUUGAGGAGAUUACUUCCACUGUUUGGAAGAGUUUAAAUAGGGAAUUCUUACAUGUUGAGAAGAACCUUGUUGGGAUGGAUCGACAAAGGGCAUCUUCUACUUGUACUUCUAUUGGUUCAUGGGAUUAUGAAGUUUUCUUGAGCUUUAAGGGUGAAGAUACCAGAUACAAUUUCACAGAUCAUCUCUAUGCAGCUUUGUAUCAGAAAGGGAUUCGUACCUUUAGAUUGGAUGAGAUCAGGGGAGAAGAGGUUGCAUCAGCUCUUUUUAAAGCUAUUGAGAAGUCAAGGUGCAUCCUUGUGGUUCUCUCAAAAUACUUUGCCCACUCCAGAUGGUGUUUGGACGAAUUGGUGAAGAUCAUGGAGUGCAGGAACCAAAAUGGAAAAGUAAUUCUUCCAGUUUUCUAUCAUGUGGAUCCUUCCGAUGUGCGAAAGCAGGAAGGGUGGUAUGGAGAAGCAUUAGCCCAACAUGAAUCAAGAAACAUUUUUGGCCACAAGACACAGAGGUGGAGAGCAGCUUUGAGGGAAGUGGGCAAUCUUUCUGGAUGGCAUGUACAGAAUGGGUAA